AUCAGGGAGCCUCUUCACAAACAGGAGGUCAAUUUUCACAAAGCUGUUCUCCUGCAGGAAUAGCGCUGCACUAUCCGCGGCUGAAACAGCCAACUUUCCUUAAUUAAAUUGCCUCAACUAACAACACCAGAUCUACAAGGUCGGAUUCAAAGGGAUACUGUUUAGUCAGUGAAUAAUAUCAGUGUUCCCAACAAAUGUGGCUACUUUGGCGGAUACUUUGAGCAUUUCCUGGUUUUACAUAAGUCGUCCCUUGAUCUCCCGAUCCCGAGUGACCAUGGACAGAAGAGAGCCCAAUAUUUCUAAAAACUCUUCCUGGCCCUCCCUCUCCCUCCUCCGUCUUCAGCUCUAAAUCCACUGGGCAACUGGCGCGCAUUCCCCCGGAGGCGCGCGAGUGGACGGACAGAUCCUUAUCACCUGCAUCUACAGCCGAGGGUCAGUAAACACUUGCCGUUUACAGAAAGUUUAGGAAUUUCAGAGCAUAAAUUUCUCUCCGCAUUCCGAGAGUGGCAGCAGUCAACAGAAGUUACUGUAAGGAGCGGGAGAGGAGUUUGCGCGUGGACAUUGCUGGAGAGUUGCUUUUCAGUGUAAAAACGAGGCUCGAGCUCCCAAAGGUUUUUCACUACAGGAGAAUGCUUUGACAAGUCUGACGUCUUCAGGAUGAAGUAACAUAUGAGCGAGCGUCUUCCCAGCUUCUGGAAGCCUGCAGCCGAGCCCUUCACACAACCAACCAACCAACCAACCAAUCAGCCAUGCAGCCACAUGUGAUUGACAGCAACUGGACCUCCCCCUCAGCCAAUGAGACGCCGCUGUGCUACUCCAUCAGCAGCCCGCCCUACAGCUACACGAGCACGCUGGCGUCGGCGUACUUCUCUGCGGUGUUCAGCGGGCUGGGUCUGAGCUCCAACCUGUUCGCCCUGGUGGUGCUGCUGCGGGCGCUCUCUCUGCGCUGCGCCGCACGGUCCGCCUCUCGGCCCGGCUCUCGACCGCCACGCUCCUCGCGCUCCUCCUUCCUCAUCUUCCUCUGCGGCCUCGUCUUCACCGACUUCAUGGGCCUGAUGGUCACCGGCUCCAUCGUGGUCUCGUUCCACGCCACGCAGUUCAACUGGCGCCGGCUGGACCCGCACUGCCACUUCUGCAACUUCAUGGGCACGUCCAUGGUGUUCUACGGGCUGUGCCCGCUCCUGCUGGGCGCCGCCAUGGCCGUGGAGCGCUUCAUGGGCAUCAACAGGCCCUUCUCGCGCUCGGGCAACAUGUCGCGGCGCCGCGCCUGCCUGAUGGUGGCGCUGGUGUGGCUGUUUGCGGGCACCGUGGCGCUGCUCCCCCAGGUGGGCGUUGGCAGCUACCACAUCCAGUACCCGGGCUCCUGGUGCUUCCUACACAUCAGCGCCGAGCUCGGACGUGACCUCACCUUCUGCCUGGUGUUCUCGCUGGUGGGGCUGCUGUCGCUGGCCACGUCCUUCCUGCUCAACACGGUCAGCGUGGUCACUCUGCUGCGCGUGUGCUGCGGGCCGGACGCGGUCCAGAGACGGCGGGACCACGAGGUGGAGAUGAUGGUGCAGCUCAUCUUCAUCAUGCUCAUCGCCUCCGUCUGCUGGUGCCCUCUGCUGGUGUUUAUUGCAGCGACUGUGUUGCGGGGAGACACGGCCCAGAUCCCCUACCUGCUGCUCUGGCUUCGCUUCGCUACGUGGAACCAGAUCCUGGAUCCCUGGGUCUACAUCCUGUUCCGACGUUCUGUCCUGAAGCACGUCUACCCGCCCAUGGACUGGUCCCGCGGCUCCAUCCUCUCCCUCUACACCUCCGUCCGCAAGCUCACGCGCGCUUCACUGGGGCCCGAGGGGGGGGCCAAGGGGAGCGAACAGUCCCCCACGCCCCCUCAGACCAACCCCCCAGCUGACCAGUCCUGAGUGGACACACACACACACACACACACACAUGCCUCCCUGCUCCUGGACACACAUAGAGACUGACAGGCCUCAUGAGAGGAGAGUGUUUACUGUAUGUGUGAGGGGGUGAGCCUGUGGAACACUUUCUGUGCUUUUUAGAUGUUAAUUGUUUGUGAGCUUCAAUUUGAGUUUGUUUGGGUUCAUUCCCUCCGGCGGUGGAGCUUUUUGUCCCUAUUGGAGGGCGGUAGGCCGGUGAAAGUGUUUAUGUGACCGUGCGGUAACGUAAGCAGCUGUCAUCAUGGCCAUCUGGAGCCCAUCUCAGCCCGUCCUGCACCCUCACCACUAACGAGCUCCACUCUCCACAGUCUGGUCAUGGCCACGUCAGGUGUGUGUGUGUGUGUGUGUGUGUGUGUGUGUGUGUGUGUGUGUGUGUGUGUGUGUGUGUGUGUUUGUGUGUGUGUGUGUGUGUGUGUGUGUGUGAGAGAGAGUGUACGUUUGUGCGUGUUUGUGAAUAUGUGCGAGUGUGUGUGAGUGUGUGUGUGUGUGUUUGUGUGUGUGUGUGUGUGUGUGUGUGUUUGUGGCAUAUGUCACUAUGUGAGAGUGUGUGUGUUCUUGAGACUGAGGAGUUGGCAGCCAGCAGCUGUUCCUAAUGUGUAAAUCAGUCAGCUGUCUGCAGGUUGAGCUGUUUGAGUAACAGAAGAAGGCUGUCAUGUCUUUACAAGUCGGAUAUCUGGACGGGGGGACACUGUGGACCGAAAGGCCGCCAGUCAAACAAAGAGAUGUCACUGAGAGCUAGCGGCCUGUGGGUGUGUGUGAACGAGACAUCGGCUCCGGCAUCGCACAUUGCCUCUGCUCUCUUUCUCUCACACACUCACACACACACACACACACACACACACACACUCAGUGGAAGUGAUGUUGGCUCCUCAGGCUGGCGGACCGUGGACAAGUGGGAACGAGACAUUGGCUCCUCAGUUGCUCACCUCACCUCAGAACCAGAGGUGGAGAACCCUAAUGACCAGAGGUGGAGAACCCUAAUGACCAAAGGUGGAGAACCCUAAUGACUGUGGACAAACGAAGGAUGGAAGUGUGAACAAGUGUCCUGAUCUUAAAUGAAAAUGUGAGAGAAACUUCUCUAUUAGAUAGCUUAGCUUAGCUUAGCCAGGCUUUAGAACUGUAACCGCUAUAUAGCUUAGCUUAGCUUAGCCAGGCUUUAGAACUGUAACCGCUAUAUAAACAUAAACACAGUUAAGCUAAUGACAGAACGACCCACCAUCUUCCCCAUGUGUGUCAGUGUUAUGCAACUGCUAUGCAUCUGAAUAUGAGCUGCUUGUAGUUAGUUUCUCAGUGUAGACGCAAUCAUUGCUAAAGAGAUAAUGAAGCAUCAGAUGGUAUCUGAGCGUGGUGGUGGACAGUCAGACGGUCUGCUCUUGCCUUCUGGAUGCUCACAUGACCGCUUCUUCAUACUCCAGUGUUGUUAUCUUAUGAGCACAUGCUGUUCUAUGUACACUGAGCUACAGUGCAGCUUAUCUUACUGUGUGUGUGUGUGUGUGUGUGGGGGGGGGGGGGUAUGUGUGUGUGUGGGUGUGUGCAUGUGUGGGUGUGUGCGGUUAUCAUGUGAUGUGUGUCUGUCCGGAUGUCCGGGAGCAGAUGGAAUGCCCCACCCCACAAACACACACGCGCACACACACACUGACCAGUCCAGUGAUUGGAACGGCUAUCCAGCAGUAUCUCAUCAAACCUAUCUCCUCAAGCAUUUCCUCUCAACCGAGCACAGAUCGGCCUCACUCCACACACACACACACACACACACACACACACACACAUACACACACAAAACCAUUUCAAACAUUUCCCCACAACAAAGCACUGAUGGGUGUCUGAAGCUCCCUCCUCCACACCCACACAGUAUGUGUACACACACACACACACUCAUUUACACACACACACACACUCAUUCACACACACACACACACACACACACACACACACACACACACACACACACUAAUUUACUCACACACACACACACACACACCUCUUUAAGCCUUUCCCCUCCAUGAAGCAGUGAGGGUAGUCUGAACACCACACACAAACACACACACACACACUCUGUUGACAUGCUGUAAACUUUACCAAAAGAACACACACACACACUCACACACACACACACUCUGUUGACAUGCUGUAAACUUUAC